CGACAACUCAGUCGUGGUUUGAGAUGUGUGUAAAUGUUGGUGAGCAUACGUUCAAUGUUUUAAAAACCAAUCUGGACGGAUCAACUGAUUGAACAAUGAACCGACAUUGUCUAUAGUUCAGUUAAGUGGUAUGACCACAGAUUUAUCCUAGUUUGAACAAAAUAAAUUAGUAGAACCAUAACUUGGAAGUCUUGCUGGUUUGACGUGGAUUCAAGUUUUAAAACAUUACCUACACAAUUUUUGGAGUAUUUGAGCUUCUUAGUUUUGUUUAUAAACGUGUCUCCGUUUUUUAGGGAUAUGGAUUUCAAAGAUGCCGCCAAGGACAAAAUCCGUUGGGAUGGGACUAUCUCUGUAAAUGAUUUUUCCCUUUCUGCUUCUACAUUUUCUGACAAGUGGAAAAUGUUCAAUCCUUCCUUUCCUCCAUGGUUAUGGACCGCUAUUCCGAAACAUCAUUUGGGUCCUCCUAAGGUUGAAGGAUACUUAUCCCUUGAGAAUGUGUGCCUUGUCAAAUCAAGCGAGGAAGAAGAGAGUGACAUAAGUCUGACAUGCAAAGCAGAGAGCAUCAUCUCACGAACAGAAGAGCCCUUUGAUGAUGCAACUUUAGUUUGUCCAGAGCAUGAAGUAAAUUACUAUGAUUUUCACAUUGUCUACAGUCCUUCAUAUAGAGUUCCAGUGUUGUACUUCCGUUCAUACCAUAGUGAUGGACAACCUUUGCCAAUCAGUGAAAUUGAAAAGGACCUUCCUGGACAUUCUGCAGAGUUGCUAUUAGAAUCCAAAUGGACAUUUAUAACUCAAGAUGAACACCCAUAUUUGAACAGGCCAUGGUACAAGUUACAUCCUUGUGGGACGAGCGAAUGGAUGAAACUACUCUUCCAUGGUGAUACAUCUUUGAAUAAAAACUUCAUUGAACAAUAUCUUGUUUCUUGGUUCUCAGUUGUAGGGCAAGUCGUUGGCCUUAAAACUCCUCUGGCAAUUCUGGACAACGUAGUUUCAAAUGAUUCUUAGACGUUCAUACACGUGCUUAAUCUAAAAUGAAAUUACGGAACUAAGAAAAAACUUCUUUGCAACCGAUUUAUGUUGUCCUAACAUUAGAUGUGAUGGAGGAAGGAAGGGGUGUGUUUGCAGUUGUAAAUGGUAGAAAGUUGCUGGAGAAAAACUUGCGAAGUUGAGUUCAAGACAUGUUUCGAUUAGAAAUGAUUGGAAUGUUCACUCACCCUUCUACAUUUGCAUGAAAUAUUAACGUUUGUCAUAUCUGUAUACAUAUAUUUUUUUGAAAGGAUAUCUAUAUACAAUUAAAUGCAGCUUAGUUCAACACAUCUGUAAUAUAUUCUUAGAAAUCCUUUCAUAUUAGCUCCUUUUGAUACCAUUGGUAUCUUUGUAUAUUUCUCAAUUAAAUGCAGAUUGGUUCAACA